UGUUCGUUAUAUUCCUCGGAAUUUAGUUUAGAUUGUGUGCGUUUGGCACCUUUGAUGGGUGUAUGUGUAAAUACAUACGCUUUAGUGAGCAGGAAAGGUGUUUUUAUUUCUAAAGAAAGUUUUGUAAAAUUGCUUGCGCGCCAGGGACAACUGUGAGUGUCAUUGUUACGGCCGACUCCCGCAGCCAUGGCGAGCCGAACACCGCUGGGCACCCUGACCGCGUCCCGGCAGAACAGUGAAGGCGGGGACGGUGUUGACUUCUCCAAACUCACGCCAUCUCAGUUCGGGAUAUCAACAGACAGUUUCUUAACAUUCCCCAAAGACAAAAAUAAAUCGAGAGUGUCGCAACUGAAGGCAAGGAGGAGGUCCACAGUCGGGUUGAGGGGAUCCCCCGAAACCAGCUCCCUUAUCUCCUUUCGAGCCAAGCAGGCCAUGAAAACACCUCCCCGAAGCCCGCAGCACAUGUUGUCCAGCCCACUGUUCUCCGGCUGUGACUCUAUAAAGCAGAAGAUGGCUGCAUUCCAGCGGCUGAUGGGGGCAGACGAGGAAAAUUCUGGACAGUCCACCCCACUGACAGGAGCCGAGGGUUCGCGGGAGUGGGAAGUAGGAGGCAGUCUGCCAAAAGACCUUCCACUUGACUCAGAGGGCUGUUUGGGGCAGAGGGAAAGCCAGCUCAUCUCAAGAAUCUGCCCACCCCCUGACACACCCACCGCCACGCCCCCUCUCUCCAAGAGACGCCGCAGAGUUCCCCGGGGCUUGUGUGAGGAGGAGAUUCAGGAGGAGCCCCUGUGUGACCUCCCAGGCACCCCAAACCAGGAGCCAGGGGUGGGCUUCUCCCAACUCCAAAGCCUGAAGCCAACUCAGGAUCUGCAUUCUGAUUCACAGUCGAAGCUCCUGUCUUUCCCCAUGUUGACGCAGCCCGAGACAACCAUAACGGACCAAAUUCCUGCACUCUCACAUGUCACCGAGGUCUCCUCCGCGUCCAGGAAGAAGCGGGUUCGUUUCGGAGCACCUCUUUCGCCCGAGUUCUUCGACAAGACCCUGCCUCCCAGCACCCCACUGCAGAGAGGGGCCACCCCUUUGUGCCCCCCGUCAUCCACAGGUCACAAGCGCUCCCUUCUGAAAACGCCCCAGCAAUGUGAGCCCCCUCUCCCCCAGCCCAACUUCAGCAGUCCCGAAAGUCAUGACGGUUCCCUGGUCCUCACUGGACCCGGAUGUGGUUCAGAAGGACUUUGCUGUGAAGAUGUCUUCGUGGGCCCCCAGAAGAUCAGUUUCCUCAUGGAGGACGAAUUUGAGAAUCCACCAGUUGACAGAAAAGACUCCACCCAGGCUGGAGGUGGAGAUGUGAUCCCAUUGGCUGCAGACACUUCGCUCCUGAAUGCUGCCUUCCAAGAGGACGAGGGUCCCCAGAGCCAUGCCCCUUUAACACAUCCUCCUGUAACUGCAGCAGAACCAGAGACCAACCCUGAACAGCAUCAACAACAACAGCAGCAGGAGGCAGAGCUGAAAUCUCCUGCUCCCACUACUAAAGCACCUCGCUCUCGCAGCCGGAAAAGGAAGUCUCCAGCUGGGUGCGACGCUCCAGAGAGCAGGAGGAGCUCUCGCUCGGCCGCCAGCGCCGCCAAGGGGAAGAUGAAGACCGCGGCAGCGAACAGGCGGUUCGGGAGUAAGGAGGUGGACCGUUCCCUGUACGGGAAGAGGGAUUAUGCUUCCAGGAAUCCCAUGCUCAGCCCCAUCUUCGAGGCCGCCACUGCCAUCCUGAACGGCACCCCACCACGACUCACCCAAGCUGCAAAUCCAGACUGCAGGCAAACGACGUCUCCCAGCAUUCAAUACGGAAAGACCCGCCCCUCUGAGGAGACAGCCAAUCUGCGGACUGCGGACACCCUGUGGCAUAGCCGCUUCUCGCAAGCCAAUGAGGUCACCAAUGGGAUCACCUGCACCCCUGUGUGGGACACUCCAGCCAGCGAAUCAGAAGUUGGCGUAGCACCUUCAGGAGUGUCGCACACAGGUAAUGUGGGAUCAGUUGCUCCCAGAGCCAAGCGCAACCGUGGAAGACCACUCACUCGUCGCCGUAGCUGGAACGUUUCUAAGUCGGAAAUGGAGAAGGUCUCUGGGGGAAUGAUGGGAAAGCGCCAACACGUGGAAGAAUCUCCAUUGGAGUCCACAACCGGAGGGCAGAUGAGUGAUCCGGCCAAAUCCCAAGGCGUUCCCGCCAAGCCCAAGGUCUGUCUGCAAGAGGAUGGCAGUCACGCCUUUACUGUGGGAAACGCAGGAGACUUCACCGGCACAUUAGACCAGGAUAAAGGCGGGGAACUGGAGCGGAAAACUCCAAACGGAAGCAGGCAGGCUCGGGUUCAGAGGGGUCGGAAAAACCUGCGGGUGAAGUCCACUGAGGAGGAGGAGGAGGAGGAUCACCAGAGCAUAUUGGGGGCAAAAACAGAAGAGAAAAAUAAGGAAAGUCUGGAUAAGCCUUCAGUGGCUGUGGGACCAAGCAAGAUUAGCGAGAUCUCAGGUGAGGGAUGGCGAGAUGGCGGUGAGAAUGCUGAGCCUGUUCUGGAGUCAUGGCAACAGGUAGACUUCUCCAUCGAAGACAUCCUGAAGCCAACAGUGAAGGGGCGGGGCUCGGUGCGUCGCAGUCUGAGGAACCGGCUGAGCGUGGACGCGCAGGCCAGCGGACUUGCCUGGGUGGAGCGCACGCCCCCGGAACAGAGUACGGCAAGCCGAAGGAAGACACGGGGCAGACUGAGCGCUGUGCUGGAAGCGCCACCUCUACCACUGGCCCCCAGGGAGGAGGAGCUCAACCAGGCAGACUAACACCCAUGGAACUAUGGGAGGGGUUCUGGAACUGCAGGCGAGUUCUGUUGGCUUGCCUUUUUACAGUGUUUUUAAAAUGAACUUUAAGUCGCUUUUAGCUCCUGAUUAUUUGCUAACUUUGAACAAAAAAAAAAAACAGUUUGCUCUGUCAGUAAAUAUUUGGCAUGUUAGUUGAAAAUUACACUGUUCAGUGCAGUAACGUGAUUUACUGCUGGAAUUUUCUGUUUAUUAAAUCUUCUAUGUA